AUGAAGGAGAUCCUCUCCAACAAAAGAAAGCUUGAGGACAAUGAAACUGUUAUACUUACAGUAGAGUGUAGCGCAAUUUUACAAAGAAAGCUUUCGCCAAAACUAAAAGAUCCAGGGAGUUUCUCAAUCCCUUGCACUAUUGGAAAUUCUUAUUUUGAAAAAUCUUUAAGUGAUUUAGAUGCAAGUGUAAAUGUAAUGCCUUUUUCAGUCUUUAGGAAACUUGGACUUGGUGAGCCGAAGGCAACUACAGUUUCUUUACAAUUGGUAGAUAGAUCGAUCGAGCACCCAAGAGGAGUUAUUGAAGAUGUGUUGGUGAAAGUCGACAAAUUCUUCUUCCCGGCUGAUUUCAUUGUUUUGGACAUGGAAGAAGAUGAUGAGAUCCCACUCAUACUUGGUCGACCAUUCUUGGCUACAGGGAGGACAUUGAUCAAUGUUCAACAAGGCAAAUUGAUUUUGAGAGUGCUAGACGAGUAA